UUUAAGACCCAUUUAAGUUGCUUUCCAUAGCCAGAGUUGACGGCCCAUUAAUCACUCAUUGGGCCUUGAAGACCCAUUUAACUUACGCAAACGAACGACUCAGGGAGUUCACUGGAGUGGCGCCGACCGAGUCAUCGCCGUUGCCAAAACCCCAACGAUCAGAGAGACAUGGAGGAGACAAAAGAUGAUUACAAAUUCCUGAGAAUUCAAGACGCUUUCAAGGCAUUGCAUCUUCAUGUUAACCUCAUUGGAGUCAUCGUCGAGCUAGGAUUCUCCAAUGGCUCUGAUUGUUCCCGUACGCUUAAAAUCGUUGAUCCAUGGCAUUCGGGAUCUGGCCUUCCCGUUAAGUUCGUCGCUCGUACCAUUGGAGCGCUUCCUCGUGUUGAAUCGGUCGGAGAUAUCAUCUUUCUUUCACGUGUAAAGAUUGUGCUGAUUAAUCGGAAAAUCACAGCUCUUUGCAAUGAAACAUCUUCUUCGUCUUUUGCUCUGUUCAAUGGGAAACAUGGCGUGGAUUUUAUACCUUACCAAGCAUCACCUAAAUUUCUGAUGAGAGAACAUGAUAAGAACUUCUUAUCAAAUCUGAGAGAGUGGAUGAUAACUUACAAGUUUGAAGAUGGGUCAUGCUGUUUCACAUCCCUGAAAGAUAUCAAAGAAGGGGAAUGUUCAAACCUAUCUUGCCUGAUUGUUCACAUUUCCAAGGUCUAUAAAGAUAGGUGGUACAUCUUUGUUUGGGAUGGAACUGAGAUGCCACCAUGCAACAUCUUGGUAAAGUCAGAAAGGCUUCCUUUAUGUGUCGAACCUGAGAUGUUGCCUACAUACAUGUUACGUAAGUUUCCUACUUUUGGUUCCGUCUUGAGGAUCCUAGUAGAUAGAGUUAGUGAGAAGCAGGCCAUUCACUGUCUUCAACCUGGUCAACACGUGAAGCUUCUGAACCUUUUCUUUCAAGUAAACAUGGGAUUAUGGAACGCCACUUUUACUCCCUCUACAAAGAUGCAGUACACAAUGAGCAGAGAGUUGCAAGCUUUUAGUCCUCAAAGAAUGUAUGGGGAGAAGUUGUCAUCGAGAUGGAACCCCAUUGCACGUUGCAUUAGUCCUUCACAUUCAGGAAUCACAGGGGUUGCCCAUGAGGACGCUCCGUUUGUUUCUCUGAUGGACAUUCUGACCUAUCACAAUGUGACUGCUAAAUUCAGGUGUGUUGUUCGGUUCAUACAAGUGUAUCCCCCAGAUGUCAGAAAACUCCGCGAUUCCCACGGAAAUAUCAAACUGCUAGCUAUACUAGAAGAUGCAACCGCCAGAAUCCACGCUUCUCUAUAUGCUGCUGAAGGGGAAAAGUUUUUCGGGUGUGAAGACGAAUCUGAUGAAGAGUCCCUGGUCAAGAAGCUGAAUAGAUUGUUGGGAGGUGAGGAGAUGGAGCAAGUGCCAAGAAAUCCUCCAUGGGUACAAUGUUGCCUGUUCUCAUUCUACAAACACAAAAUGGAUCAAUGGGGAAGCAGAAGAUUCCGGAUUUUUGAUACAUGGAUCAAUGCUUCAUGAGACAAAAAAAAUAAUGCUAAUUGAAGUGAGAGAUUAGGAAAGUAUCUAAAGUAAUGAGUUACUAUUUCAAGUUUUGAUCUUAGGUAUAUGUAAUGAUUUAGCCAGUUUUAGUAGUAGAAAAUCUGUAUUUUCUGCAAUGUGCUGUUCAAAAUUGAUUUUUUGUGUACACUUUCGAGAUCGUAUUUGGGAAUGUAUUUGGUUUUAAUAAAUUAAAAUCAGAGGAAAAAAAUAUAUUUUCAA